UGAGAAUCCUGUCGUCUGGCUCCUCUGCAUCAGAACCUUCUGGAUCCGUAAACCCCCUGUCCCGGAGUUCUGGUCCGACCUUAUCACCGACAUCCGUUCCGAUUCCAUCCUCAGGUUCAAUUCCACUUCUAUCCUCUGGCUCCGAGACAUCCUUGUCUCUGGUUUCUGGUACGAUUGUAUCCUUAGGGUCCAUGGUUCCUUCCAUGGAGGAGCAGGGAAGAGUGGAGGUUCAAUUGGGAGCCAGGCCAGGAAGCGGAGGGCAAAGCCUGAAGUAUAGCGGCUGGAUAUGAGAGGCAAAGGGUGGGGUAGAGGUCGGGACAGAGGGUGGAGACCUGGCUGGAAAUAUGGACCUCUAUGGACAGGUUAGGGAUGAAGAUGAAGGCUAUAGCUAGACAUUUUCAGGUUGAAUUUGCUGCUCCGUGCUGGGCCUCUGUCUGGUCAGGUUGCUGCCUAGUCCCCUCUGCCCAGAUUAGUGGUGAUGUAGUCCUCAAACACACACACACUUUUGUUUGAUUUGUGUGCCUAAGCUGGACACCAGAAUACAUUGCUAGGCCAAGGCCAACACCAUCUAAUUAGCAGAGAACGUUCUUUAAUCUGGUUUACACAGGGUGUUGAAGGGGAGGGCAUAGCAAGAGGAACGGCUAGGGGUCUAAAGACAUGUACCACCUUGUCUUUAUACAUUUAUUUGUAGAUGGAAAGUAGAUAGAAAAGUCAACGACGAAAAGGAGAAUGAAGGGGAGAAAUUAAACUAUUGAUGUGGGUGAAUAGAGAAAGGAGUGGGGCUGAUAAUGAGCAGUAAGCCUCUUACAAAAAUCAGUCAGAAGUUGGGCUAAAAAUAUCCCAGCCACUGAACUCUUAUGUCACUUUACAAGGGAGGCAGAAAAAAAACAAUCUCACUCAGCCACAAACAAUAGACCCCAAGCUGUCAGACUUAUAUCAUUGCCACCCGGUGGGCUGUUUUAGUGUCUUGGGUUCCUCUGUAUGUGUGUCUGUUUGCUAUUUGUACAUCUCUGUUAUACGAGUCUGUGCCAUCUGUUAGUCUGUGUGCAUCUGCACAGUCCACAUGGAGGGUCACACUCAGAGGGGUAGUGGCCUUUCCAGUGUGGUGCCUCUUUUGGUGUUUCUUUCGGUCGCCAUCUUGGGAGAAGCUUCUCCCACAGUCAGAGCAGCUGUAGGGUUUCUCUCCAGUGUGGAUUCUCAUGUGUCUGGUUAAUGUGUCCUGCUGGAAGAAACGUUUUUCACAGCAAGAGCAUUGUAGAGCUCGCUCUCUGUUAUGGAACCUCCUUAGGUGUCUCAUAACUUCAUCGGCGCGGGUAAAGGUCUUUCCGCAUUCUGAACAAGGAUAGGCUCUCUUUUCAGAGGGCGACAGCUCAUGUUUGCGCUUGUGCCUCCUGUACGUUGCGUCAUGCCUGAAACUCUUCCCGCACUCGGUGCACAGGUAGGGUUUCUCUCCGCUGUGUAUAAGCUGGUGGUGUUUCAGACUGUGUGCCUGUGUAAAACCUUCCCCGCAUUGGCAGCAGAUGUAUGGCAUUUGUCCACUAUGUACCCUCUGGUGUCUUUGAAGUUUCCCCUUAUGCAAGAACCGCUUGCCACAGUCAGAGCAGUAGAGGGCCAGCUCUUCAGUGUGUACCGGCAGGUGUGUGGUAAGUUUCACCAUGUCAGCAAAGCUCUCAUCACACCUUGGACAGCUGUGAGGUUUCUUUUCCUUGUGUGUUAGGUGAUUUCUUUCCAGGUGUUUUUCAAGCUGCUCCAAAUGAACAAAGCCUUUAACACAGUCAGUGCAGGGGUGUUUAGUUUUCUUUGUUUUUCUUUCAUGUGUUUUCAGGUGUGAUUUCAGUUUAUCAGUGCGGGUAAAACCUUUACCACACUCAGAGCAGAGGAACGGUCUCUCUUUCAUAUGUAUUUUCUGGUGUGUUUUCAGAUUAUCUGAACGUGUAUAACUUUUACCACAAUCAGGGCAGAUGUGACUAGGCUUCUUUUCUCCAGUGCUGGAACUGUCCUCCCUAACCUGAGGCCACACAUUCACCUGUUUAGUUGGCACCUGUGUAUCUGAGUGCUGAGUGUCCCUCUCGAUAUCAACCAUUUCUUUGAUGUGUUCUCCUGGAUCACUUGAAAAGAAGCGUUGGAAAAAACCAUCAGGUUUUGACCCAGAUUGAAAGGUGGGGUCCUGGGAACAUGUUAAGCUGUUGUAGGCGGCUUCUAUGCAGCUCAAGCAACGUGGUGGACAAGUUCAGAGGCUGCAGAAUGGUCCUCUUACAGAAGACCAGUCGCUAAGUAUUGAGAAUCCCCCCUUCCACUCUCCUCUCUGCGGCUGCUGGUUCCUCCGCUGCGUCUGAUGUCGGCAGUCAUGUGGCAGGUAGUGGAGCGGCGGUGCGUGGAGCAUUAUGGGAAGCUGGAGGACUUUGUGUGUGCGGUCACGGAGCUCGUUCCAGAACUACUGACUGACAGGCAGAGGGCUUCACUGCUUCUAGGCCUCAGGGCAAAGAUAUCCCAGGAGCGAAUCGGUGAGCAUGACACCCCAGAACUCCAAACUCACCUAGACAGGAUCCAGUCAAUCUGUCUGACACAGUCCAAUGACGAGGCCUUUGAGGAUGCCAAAGCCAGGCUGCUGGCAUACACCCAGCGGCUACCAGGAGAUCGAUGGGCUUUUGGACAAUGCUUUAACAGUGAGCUGGAGUCUUUGGUGUGUGUGUUUCUGUCCAGACUAGAGGAGAUGCUGCCAGUACCUGACUUUAAACAGGCUGCCUCUUGGCUCGACACUGUCCCCGGUGGUAUGGAUGAAUGUCUGCAGUCCGCCCCCAACAGUGAUGGGCUUAGGUCUGUGCUGCGAAGCCAAAUGUGUGGCCGCGAGCGCCUGGGGAACGGAGACGCCAGCCCGGCUCAGACCAACCUCCUCAGCUUUUUCCCCGUCCGCCUCCAAGACAUGACCGCGUACCCCCCUACCGCCGACUCCGACAGCGAGUCAGACCUCUUACCCGGUGACGCGGCGGACCGCGAGAGAGGCGAGGAACCGGAGGCGGUCGGCGUCGAACAGGCGGACGGCCGGAGGCCGCGGGCAACCGAGCUGAUUGGUCGAGACCGGGGAUCGGGCAAUCGGUUCGCGGCCUUAUCCGACUGGGGCACUCUGGGGUUUGUUGUUCAGAGCCAAUCGGUGAUGAUCAUCCCCCAAGCGGGCCGGCCCUCACUCACCGGCGUGUCCCAGUCGAUGCCCACUCUAGCCCUGCCUGUGGCCUGCAGGGGGCAGUCAGGGGUUGACUCUCUCUCAGUACAGGGCAGGCCGUCACCGGAGAUGAACACCGCUCCUGUGAGCAAACUAAAGCCACAUGCCUCCCCAGAGAACAUCAUCUCUGAGUCGUCUGAUAGGCUGGUUGAAUGUAUCGUGGUUGAGAGUGACACAGACAACCCCGCUGGCGAGUCUUCGUCCUCCGAGACGCAGCCCGCCAACGCUUCCCACAGUUCCCGGCGGGUGGCCCACAAAUGUCCUACGUGCGGGAAGUGUUUCGUCUACCGCUGCCAGGUGCUUCGUCACCUGGCGACGCAUUCCCGGGGCGACCACAAGCGGUCCGUGUGCGCUGAUGCCACCUUCGACUGCCCCCAGUGCGGCAAGGGGUUCGCGUCGCUCCGCGAGCAGUACCGCCACCGCCUCACCCACAAGACCAACACGUGUUUCCAGUGCGGGUCGAGCUUCCGGACCCAGCUUGAGCUCAGCCGGCACCACAAGACCCACUGGGCCCAGCCUCUGCACCAGUGCUGCCUGUGCGGGAAACGCUUCCGCCUCCGCUCCAGCCUGACCAAUCACAAGCAGACGCACUCGCCUGGGGGUGGCUUCGCCUGCACGCAGUGCCAGCGCGUGUUCGCCUCGGCGAAGGAGCGCGCUGCCCACCGCCAGAUGCACCGCGUGCCCAAGCUCACGUGCCCGGUGUGCGGCGAGACGUUCACGUCGCAGGCGAAGCUGAUCAAACACCAGCAGGGCCACGCGGCGUCCCAGGGCAGCGAGGGGCCGCGGUACAAGUGCCGGUACUGCGAGGAGACGUUCACUGGACUGACCCUGAUGAGGAUCCACCAGAGGAGUCACAUUGUGGACCGGCCUCACAAAUGCGGCCAGUGCGAGAAGAGCUUCACCACCCUGGGCUCACUCCAGUCCCACCUCAGGACCCACUCGGAGGAGAAACCCUACCUCUGCUCGCAGUGUGGCAAGCGCUUCCGGACCAAGGACGGCAUGGAGGGCCACCUCCGCAUCCACAAGGGCGAGAAGCCAUUCCGCUGCUCGUACUGCGAGAAGCGCUUCACGGCGCUCGCCGGGCUCAACGUGCACGUGCGGCAGCACACGGGCGAGAGGCCAUACGUUUGCGAGGUGUGCGGGAAGGCGUGGCCGUCGGGCGGCGACCUGCAGAAACACAUGCGCUGUCACACAGGGGAGAGGCCGUACAGCUGCGGCGACUGCGGAAAGGCAUUCUCCAUAUCCUGCCACCUGACAGAGCACAUGAAGACGCACUCAGGUGAGAAGCCGUUCAGCUGUCCAGAAUGUGGGAAGAGCUUGAAGAGGAAGUUUGACCUGAAGAAGCACCUGUUGACCCACUCAGAGGUUCGUCCGUACCCCUGCCCGCAGUGUGACAAGAGCUACACCCGUCGCACGCACCUCAACAGGCACCUGCAGACGCACUCUGCUGAGCUGCUAACAGCACCAUCUUAGCUAUUUAGUUGUGGGUGGAAGUCUUGAUGGAAUUCUGCCUUCGAACACAGAUGACGAAUUUUAUGAUUUCCAGAGAGCAACGGAACAUUCUGCCCAUGGAUGGGUGGGGGAAGCCCGGCAGAACCAAACACUACCUCCCUGCUGCUUCACUUAGACUGACAGAGAUCAAGUGACUUUUCCAAAUUAAUCUUCAGUUAAUCCAAAUUAUUAUUUGUGUGGUAUCGCUGCAGUCUAAGGUUAUCAGUAUAGACCCGAAGCCUCUUCUGUCUCAUGAUUUUCUACUUUGUGCCAAACACAAUGUUGUGGCCUCUUUAGUUUGUGAAAUUGUUAAUAAAACUG